CGACAAUUCACGCCGACAGCUCAUCAUGUCCGGGCUUGAAAAAGCACUCUUCAACCUCAAGUUCACAGCCAAACAACUCAACCGCCAGGCAGCAAAAGCGACCAAAGACGAACAAACCGAGAAAGCGAAGCUAAAGAAAGCAAUUUCGCAAAACCACAACGACAUCGCAAAAAUCUAUGCGCAAAACGCUAUACGGAAAAAGAACGAGAAUCUCCAACUCCUCACCCUCGCUUCGCGCAUAGAUGCCGUGGCUUCAAGAGUCCAGACCGCGGUCACGAUGAGGCAGGUCACGGGAAGUAUGGCGAAUGUGGUUAAGGGAAUGGAUAGUGCGAUGAAGAGUAUGGAUUUGGAGAAGAUCUCAGCCGUGAUGGACCGUUUCGAAACACAAUUCGAAGAUUUGGAUGUCGCGACGGGGUAUUACGAGAACGCUACUUCGAGUGCCACGGCUACGGGGACGCCGCAGGAAGAUGUGGAUCGGUUGAUGAGUCAGGUCGCGGAUGAGGCGGGUGUGGAAUUGAGUCAGGAAAUGGCUGGGGCUACGCCGGCGAAGAAUAUUGCGCAGCCGGCGGAGGAGGAGAGGGAGGAUAAGUUGGGGGAGAGGUUGAGGGCUUUGAGGAGUUGAGGGGGUGGGGCGGUUGUUGUCUUACUUGGGAGGGUUUUAUACAUGGCGUGGCGUUUUUGGGGGGGUUGCUAUUACUGGAGGAUGGAUGGGGUGUAUUUUUUCUUUGAGAGACGACAUGGAUGGGUUUGGUUUGCUUGCUGCCGAUCACAUGGUAUGGUUCGAAAUGUCUCAUGAUGAUUGACAUUAGCAUUAGCGAAAUAUCUUCGGUCUCGAAAAGGGCGAUCGCAAGAGCGUCAAUCACAGCCGCAGCCAAGCGAGCAGCACUGUUUCAGGUGGAUCAUUGUCGUGGUGGACUACGCUCUGGGAAGGGAAUCAUUUCUGUGAGAGAGUAUCUUCGGAAAUCUUCCUCUGCAACAGCUUCUACUCUGGAACACGAAUUCAAUGAUCAUACCACUCUCGAAUGC